UAUCAUCUAAAAGUAACAAUUAUGACCUAUUACUGACUUAAUUUGGCAUUAUUCAAAUAUUUAAUUUGUGAAUUUGCAUGUUGCUUACAUCUUUUCUUAUUUCAUAAAAAAGAGAAAGAAAAUAUGUGAAUGCUCUAGAACUUCCAUCUCAUGAACUGAACUGGUGGAAGGAGAGGACAAAACAUUCUCUGUGGGAGAAAAGUUCAAUGGAAUCUACCCAAUUUAAUCCAUCUUCUAAAAAAUUGAAUAAACAGCAAAUAUUAUUUAAUUAUCAUCUAACACAGGUUAAAACUAAUAAAAGCAACAAAUGUCAAAUGUCAUAACAUCAGUGAACAUUAAUUUUCACCAAGUCUUUGUAAAACCCUUUCUCCAAUCCUUGACGACCAUUAUUUCCAUUUCAACAAAGAUCUUUUUCACUCCCUCCAUCCAUCUAUUAAAACAUGUCAACACAGCACCAGAAUAGCCCGUGUUACAACAAAGUCUCUAUCUGAUUAGCUCUGAAGGAAACUCGACACUUUCUUCAAUGUCACCUGCAUAUCUGACUAAACAAUCACAGUGCCCUCUAUUGAUCUGAAACUUAGAUCCAAUUGGCCGAGCAGAAAUAACAGAACUCUACUAUAAUUCCAUUCAAUCGCCUACUUUAACUCCGCUGAUCCGUUAAACAACACAUUGAUAUGCUGAUAAAGCCAAUUGGAAAGGCCAUAAUGAAAUUGUAAAAGUAAAAGGUAGGGUGGUAACAUGGGUUAUUUUCAUUAGUAGUUAUUGUUAAAGAAUUCUCUACUACCUACGCGCCAGCCAUCUGCAUCUGACAGCGAUAUUUAUGGGGACAGUGAAAGUUAGUCGAGAAAUGGACCACUAUUAACCCCAUCAAGAUCUGGCUACUUUAGGUCUUAACAGAUUUAAAACUUGGUCCAACCACCUGUGCCAAGAAGGAAUUGACUGGAAGGUUUUUCUCACUUCUGAGUGGUCACAACUGUUAACACGAAACAUGCACUCUCGGUAGAAUGCGUAGGUCACAGCAAACAGACAAAAUGGAUUGACCGAGUUCGUCACAAUACCCAACAAAUCUCAUUUAACAGGACAACAGACAGAACAGCUGGGCAAUAUAUAUUUUCAAAGAAGAAGAUUAACUACAAACAGCCUGAUUUUAGCUUUCAAAUAAGACAACGUACACAGUUUCAGAGUUUUACUCUAUGCAUAGCAACCCCAUGCAUAGUGGGGACAACCCUGGCUCACUAGGCCAGGCAUAGGAUGCAGUGCUACGAGGAAAGAGAUACUAAACAAAUCUGGAAUAGUUUCAAAUGCUGGGGAUGUCCACAAAUAAUCCAAAACUACUGUGGGAAGGUAACUGCUUCUUCAUAGAUGAGCAGGGGGAGAGCAGUGGGGGGAAGGAUGAGGAUGCACUGGGCUACGUCAAGAAGAAGGCCUCGUUUGAGGAGAAGUUGGUGGGGAUCAAGGGGCAGCAGAUUGAGCUGGCCUUGCAGAGGUUCAAGAAAUACAUAGAAAAAAAAGAAUCAUGGGAAAUGCGCCAGAUGGCAGAACAAGUCAACCAUAUUCGCCAUGACCAGCGUCUGCUGGAAAUAGAUCAGCGAAAAAUUCACAUGCAGCGAGAGAGGGCCAUGCAUCCGUGGAAAGAUUUCACCUAUGAGGACCUGGCCCUGGCAAACCUGGAGAGAUACUUGAACAAAAACUUACAAAAGAGCUGCUACUUGGAGAAGAAAAUGCCAGUGACUUUACGGUAUCAAGCAGAUCCUAAUUUUGUCUCUCCAACUGUAACAGAAGCAAGGAAAGCUCUACGUCAACAAGACUUUGCAAAAAGCUUGCAAAAAGAGAAGGAAAAACAGACUUUAUUGAAGGAGAAAAAUAAACAAGUUGCUCCUGAUGUGAUAGAACCUCAAAAUGAUCAAAAUGAAAAUAAAGACAAACUACAGCAAGCUACUACUACUUCUACUUUCCCAUCACGUUCUCAAAGUAAAUCAGCCAUGGGGGUAGUUGACAAUUCCACCCACACCUCUCUCGGUCCCCGUCCUGCUACCGUCACAGUGCCACAGGGUGAGACUGAGCAAACAAAACUGCCAGGGGUGGAGCCACUGUCCAAAUCAAAAACUACAGUGGUUCCUGGAGAGACCAAAAAGGGAGAGAGUGGCGCUGGACUACAGAAAUAUUUUCUGAAGGUCCAGUUACCCACCAUUGAACAGGUGGCUCUGACAAAUAAACCCUCGAGUGGAGGCUACCAGGGAAGAGACAAGGCACAGAAGAAUGCCACCAUGUAUAAACCUCUCCCGGCCCCCACCAUCGAACCCAUGCAUAUUGACGAGGACGAUGUCUGUGUGAGGAAAAGUGAGGAGGAAAUAGCUAGAAUUAUGCACUUCGUUUUGAACAUGUCACGAGAAGAGGGCCAACCUGAGAUCGAUUAUAAACCUCGCCCAAAAACAAUAGCCUCAACCAGGAGGAGGGAGGGAGAGCUCCCUAUACCAAAAUGCAAAAAGGUGAGUCAAGACCAGGUGAAAAGGGAGGCCCGUGAUGUCCACAAGAGGUUCAAGGAAUACCUGAGCAAGCUGGAGCGCCAGAAGAAGGCAGCAGAGGAAGGGAUGCUGGAUGAAUUCGUUAAGGCACUGGAGGAAGAAAAAGCUGAAGAAGCCAAGCAAAAGAUGAAAGCAAUAGCCAAGAAACGCUGGGCCAAUGUUGGCAAGAAGAAAAUCCAGAUGGAACAAGGAGGAGGAGAGAGUCAAGGUAAAGCCAAGAAGAAGAAACAGGACCCACUUCUGCUACAGGCCAUGAUAGCCGCAGCCAAGGCCAAGCAAGAGACGGAGACGUCCAAACCAAAGCGCGGCAUCCCGACCCACUCCCAAAACAGAUCCAUGAGGCACACUGCCACUUUCAAGCUACGCAGGAUGGUGGAUGACCUUUUCAAAAGUAGGUCAACAUACGAGCAACAGGAGUACGACAAGAUCAAGGAGCAGCAGCAGCAACAACUUCAGGCAGAUCCUGCACAGCCCACUGUUAAAUCUUAGCUUAAUUUUGUUAAGAAACCAACUAUUUUAGUUAUGACAUCUCCAAACAAAAACCCCCAAUUCAUGACAAUGCUUAGGAAGCAAAAAUGAGUGGAUGAAGAAACUGCAGAAGUGAAAGGUCAAGGUCAUCAUACUUUUUAAUGCAUUAAAAUAACUAUAAAUAUAUGUUUUAUAAUGACUGCAUUCUAUUAUUUCACUACUGAGUGACUGUUAAUGUAAAAAUUCAGUUAAUCCAAAGGAGUAAAUUAGACAUUCACGAGAUUAGAGCUCACAGAAUAUUGGUGCAAGUUCCAACAUGACAAAGAAUGGUGCCUAUUUUAUAUGUGAUUAAAAGGAGCAUCCUCAUGACAUUCAGCAUGACUGUUUUAUAUAUUAUAUUAAAUCUUCUAGCAUAUACAUUUUCAGACCAUACAAUCACAUUGUACAAAGAGAAGGUCUACAGUAUAUAAUAUUUUUUUUACUGACAAAGAUAAAAUUUGCUGUUAAUUAAUAACUUUCUGUUAGGUUUAAAUAUUGACAUACUUGUUGAAGUCAGACAUCAGGGAGGAUCAGGGGAUUCAAUAAAACCACCCUUUUCCUGAACAAUGAAUAACCACUCACAGUCAGAAUUUGAUCCAUGUUAUUUACCAAUUCUGAAGUGGGUUCAAAGGAAAAGAUGAUAUUAUACAGGCCACUUCUUCAGAAAAAGGAUUCUAGUAUUUGAAAUUGUUGGUGAGAGGCCUGUGAUCACACAAAGUUAACUUUAGAAACCUGAUCACUCACAAACUAGAUAAGCAAGUACUUCUAGAUAUAACUGCAGAUAAUGGGCAUUAGGCACAGUGAGACCAGAUUUAGAUAAAAUAAAAUUCAGAAUGAUGUUUUUAAAACAGCCCCGAAUGACACGUAGCAGAUAGCAGUAUAUCCAAGAGACGCCACUGUUGCUCAAAUAUUCAUAUAACUGAUGAAUAUUUUUACUUAUACGGUGACUCAUUUGAGAAUCAAAAUGACGUCAACUUAGAACUGAUGUGAACAGGCUGUGCUCUGACUUUUUUAACUUCAUCUUCAGGUACAAUCACAGGAGAGUACUGUUAAUUAGUACCACCAGAUCAUAUCUCUGUCACUUCAUGGUCCAUGACAUGUUUUUCCCACGCACUGUAUCAUAUUUUACAAAAUAAAUGAUGUUAUGAACUUUGAUGUGCAGGUGUAAUUAUGUGGAGGAAAUGGGAAAUGGCUUUAAGCUGAUGACACCAGUAUGACAUUCAUGACUCGCCUGUGUGUGUGUGUGUGUGUGUG